AUGAAAAGAAAUCCUCUCUUAGAUUCAUUACAGAAUAUUGAAACAAUGCAAGAGCCUUCCCCAGAAUAUCAUGCUUCUUACCUAUUUAAAGAGGAAGAAAGCAAAGAUGUACCUUCAACACCGCAAAGAAGAGGCCGCCCUCCUAAAAUAAGAGAUGGAAUUGCUCAGCCCAGAGCUCCGAGGCAGCCUAGAGGCACUGGAAAGCGGGGAAAACGCGCCAAAAAGAAUCCAGUUCCAGAAGUUUCUUAA